CUCCAGUCAGGAUCGCAAUCAUCCUCCUCCACGACAUUGAAUGCACAGCGUGUUCAGCGUAUUUACAACAAUGACAUACAUUCUGGCAGCAGACGAAUUGACUGUGCGUACUUAUAGCUCAAGGCCGCAGAAGAGUCCCAAGCGCAGGCUUGCCAAGUCAUCGACUCCCUCCACUGUCAAGCAAGAGUCUGACACAGACGUCGAAAGGUAACAAUUUCCCCACCGCCACUAUAUGGACGAUGCAGCUGAUCCAUUACGACAACUGUCUAGCCAACCAUCUUCGGUCCAGCCAUCCACGAUGCGCACCCUGAUCUUCCCAGGACCAGAAUCAGUCCGUCCCGUCUUCUGCUGCACUUCCGUCAUACCAAAAGAUCCUAAUUACGCUUGCAAACUCGGCACCACUACCUCAAUUCUCCAAUGGGGACGUCUCUACAACUUCUUAGACUACUGCGCGGACUAUUCGCAGGGCAACUGCGUCCCGGUCUUUGAGAAUCUCACAUGGCCGGCACGUGCAGAAUAUCUUGUCAAAGUCUUGCGCUACCAUUCAGACGAAGCCCCAAAGUCACCACCAACGUCUUCACACAGAAAGAAGAGGAGGUUUGCGCUGAGAUCUGAUCGGAAGGGGAAAGAGGAGGAAAAGGAGGUGGCUCAGGUGGUGAAGUGGCAGCAAGCAGCGCCGGGUCGAUAUUUCGUCGAGAUGAAGCAUGAGAAGAGAAGACGCUGGCCGGAUCACGCCUUUGAUGAGGUCUUGGUCACGGAGGAGGUGGGUGGUAUCCCGGAAUGCUUCGAAAAAGUUGAGGAGGUUACUAUGGAGGCUGUUUGCCCAGUACAUAGUGGGGUCAAGUGGGUUUGCGAGUUUUGGGCAAAGACGGAGUAGAGCGGCGUGAUUGACAGGAAAUUCGCAUCAUUUUGAGGGAUAGGAGGCAGGAAGCACUCUGGUGAGUAUUCUACCAAGUAUAAGCACAGGGACUGUCACAUGGAGGCAGAUGAGGGAAUCAACAGCCCCAAUGUCAUGGAGAACAUUGCACAAACAGAUUCCGAGUGCUUUUUGAUACUGAGUGACCCUUGUCACUCUCAUUUUUGA